GUUUCCUAGGUCCGACUAGUGUGUGAACGCAGCAAUAACCACGGAUCGGGGAAUUUUAACGUAGUCUACUGUCAACCUCAACAAGAGGAAAUUGGAUGUUGGACAUGAAGUUAGCUAGUUAAUAUCAAAUUGAUUAAAUUGUUGUUGACAGAGCUAAGGUGUGGUGAAAAACAGUGUCAAGCCUAUUAGGCCUAACUUCACAAGUCUUGUGUGUGAGACACCUCCAACAUUAACAUUCCAAUGCCUCUGCUGUUCCUGGAGAGGUUUCCCUGGCCCAGUCUGCAGACCUACACAGCGCUGAGUGUGGCUCUGCUGGCUGGAAGCAUCUUCAGCGCCUACACUACUGUGACAGAACAGGGGUUCGGGGUUCCAGACAUGGACGAGCCUCCACCACCUGCACCCUUAGGGGAUAAUAGAGGCGGCCUAGGCCUAGAACAUGUGACUAGCGAUGAUGUUGUGGGUGCAGAUACAGAAUUGGCGACCACUGUUAUGUGGUACCUUGUCACCGACAGUCUCUUUGUAUGGGUGUUGGUGAAUACAGCUUGCUGUUCUCUGAUGUUAAUUGCUAAGAUGAUCCAGUGCAUGGUUUUUGGGCCCCUUCGAGUCAGUGAGAAGCAGCACCUUAAGGACAAGUUCUGGAACUUCAUCUUCUAUAAGUUCAUCUUUAUCUUCGGGGUGCUGAACGUUCAGAUGGUGGAGGAGGUGGUCAUGUGGUGUCUGUGGUUCUCUGCCCUGGUCUUCCUCCACCUCAUGGUCCAGCUGUGCAAGGACCGCUUUGAAUAUCUGUCCUUCUCCCCCACUACUUCAAUGAACAGCCAUGUGCGUGUCCUUACCCUACUGGUGUCCCUGCUGCUGGGCUGCUGUGGUCUGGCUGUGGUCUGUGGUCUGCUGGGCGCUGCCCAUGGCAUGCACACCCUCUCCUUCAUGGCUGCCGAGUGCCUGCUGGUUACUGUGCGGACUGGACAUGUCAUCAUGAGGUACACCAUUCACCUGUGGGAUCUGAACCACCCAGGCACUUGGGAGAGUAAAGGUUCCUACGUUUACUACACUGACUUCAUCAUGGAGCUGUCUAUGCUGUUCCUGGACCUUAUGCACCACAUUCACAUGCUGCUCUUUGGUAAUAUCUGGCUGUCCAUGGCCAGUCUGGUGAUCUUCAUGCAGCUGAGGUAUCUGUUCCAUGAGGUGCAGCGCCGCAUCCGACGCCACAAGAACUACCUCCGUGUCAUCAACAACAUGGAGGCCAGGUUCGCAGUGGCCACAGCCGAGGAGCUGGUAGCCAACAGCGAUGACUGUGCCAUCUGCUGGGACACCAUGCAGACAGCACGUAAACUGCCCUGCGGACACCUCUUCCACAAUUCCUGCCUGCGGUCGUGGCUGGAGCAGGACACGUCGUGUCCAACAUGUAGGAUGUCCCUGAACAUCAGUGGUGAUGGAGGUCCGGCCAGAGGCCAGCAGCAGGGGGCUGGCCUCCCACUGGACAACAACCUGGGCCCUGGGGGCCCCGCUGCAGAUACCAGACCACACCUCAACCAACACAAUCACUUCUUCCACUUUGAUGGCUCCCGCAUCGCCAGCUGGCUGCCUAGUUUCUCAGUAGAGGUGAUGCACACAACUAACAUCCUGGCUAUCGCUCAGCAGGCCAACAACUCUCAGCUCAACACCAUGGCCCAUCAGAUCCAGGAGAUGUUUCCUCAGGUUCCCUACCACUUGGUGCUGCAGGACCUGCAGUUGACCCGCUCUGUGGAGGUCACCACCGACAACAUCCUGGAGGGACGAAUCGUGGUGCCCUUCCCUGCUCUGGCGGCUGAGCGUUCCCCCGUGCAGGUGAACCCAGGCCCAGAGGGGGCAGGAGCCAGUGGGGGGGUGGAUACUGCUCCCAGAGAGCUGAACAGCCUGGAGGUCAGAGGGAGCCGUUUCUCCAAGUCUGCAGAGGAGAGACAGAAGAUGCUGCUACAGAGGAAGGAUGAGCUGCUGCAACAGGCACGCAGGAGAUACUUGAGAAAGAGCCCAGAGGACGAGGAGGACCUGCCCACUCUGGAGGAAGACGCCCCUGUCUCAGACGUGACCAUGCUGAGACGCAGGACCAUGGCAGCAGCUGCAGAGAGACGCAUGCAGAGCCAACCAGACCCUGCUCCCUGAGACUAUACUGGACUGUAAACUCCCACAUGGACAGUCUCGCCUCGAACCCACACCUAAUGCCCUUGGAGUGUCCACCAAACUCCUCAUGUCCCACCCAAGAGGCACCUCCACCGAAAGAGCUCUCUACGUUAUAUGAUCAAUUGGGGCGGCAGGGUAGCCUAGUGGUUAGAGCGUUGGACUAGUAACCGGAAGGUUGCAAGUUCAAACCCCCGAGCUGACAAGGUACAAAUCUGUCGUUCUGCCCCUGAACAGGCAGUUAACCCACUGUUCCUAGGCCGUCAUUGAAAAUAAGAAUUUGUUCUUAACUGACUUGCCUAGUAAAAAAAUAAAUGGAAUGACCUAAAUAAAAACAUUACAUUACAAAGUGUUACAAGAAGCAUGGGCUUUGGCUGCACAUGGCACAGGGGCUCUGCUGUUUUAGGCUGCCCUAGUGAGAGAUGAGAACUGGGCCUUGGGAAUGGUACCAGCCUCCUCUGAACUUUCACCAGACACCAGAGGCGUAAUUGGACAUGGAUCACCAGCGUUUUAAAGGAGUGGUGGGUGUCUGAGUUUCUGAAGUGUACACCUGUCAUCACAUAGCUCUAGCCCCCCAGCUUCACUAGACUUACCUGUCAUUCUCUACUGGCCAUGAUGGGGAAGGAAAGAGCAUGGUGUCACAGUCCGAGGAUGCUGCUGAGGUUAGUUAGGGUUUGUUAAGGUGCUGUUGCUACAUACAGCUCAUAGUGUAAUGGAGUGUGACAUAGUUUGUAUUUGUUUUUAUUCAACAACAAAAAUAUGUGUUGUAAUGAGCUGAGAUUGCUAUUGAUAUCAUGGGUUGGGUUGAUAACAUACUGAUGUUAUUUUAUAAAAAUGGAGUGAAAACUGUGAAUUAAGAGUAGGUUUAAUAGAUUAAAACAUUGUGAAGCUUUAAAAAAAAAUAAUUAAGAGAAUGUCACUUAAUUAUCGCUCAUCGAAAUAUGAAUGUACUUUAUCCACAUAAUGCUGCAGAGAGAGAGUAGAAGAGUUUAAAUUCUGGCCGUUGUGGAGACCUGGUUGUUAAUAAUGUGUUAAAUGUCACAUAUCCACCCAAGAAAGAACACUAACUAAAUAGGAAGACGGAAUAGUUUUGUCUCCUGACAGAGAGUAAAACUCUCACCAGUACAGAGUUAUAGAAGAGUGGCUCCCUGACCUCUAGGUCAACCAGUGGUUUCUAUCUGCAGUCUGUAUACCUCUAAAACUUCCCAAAGCAUACCUACACUGUAUUAAACAUCCAUUGAUAGAGGUACAGAAGACUGUAUGGGCUCAGAGGAGUUGGGUUGAGGUUUGAAUACUGAUGAACCUAUCUGAUUCACUCACUCACACUCCAUUCCUACACUCCAUGUACUGGUAGGUUCAUUCUUGCAGACGAUAUUUAGGCCUAUGUGUUGGAUUCUUGCAGAUGAUAUGUAGGCCUAUGUGUUGGAUUCUUGCAGACGAUAUGUAGGCCUAUGUGUUGGAUUCUUGCAGAUGAUAUGUAGGCCUAUGUGUUGGAUUCUUGCAGACGAUAUGUAGGCCUAUGUGUUGGAUUCUUGCAGACGAUAUGUAGGCCUAUGUGUUGGAUUCUUGCAGACGAUAUGUUGCAGGCCUAUGUGUUGGAUUCUUGCAGACGAUAUGUAGGCCUAUGUGUUGGAUUCUUGCAGACGAUAUGUAGGCCUAUGUGUUGAUGUCUUUGAUAACUCAAGGCUUGUUAAAGUUGAGUGGUAGAUAUGCAUGAAUCACAAUGGAAUGCUUUAGUUUACGUUUACCCCAAAGAACAUUGAUCCCAUGAACUUCCACAUGAUGCAGAUGUCUUUCUUUGAGAUGUGCAUAUUUCUGUGUGUCUCUCUUUCAGCUUGUUUCAUCUGUGGGAUUGUAAGAAGUUUCUACUAACUGUGUUUCAGAGAUGCACCUCUUGUCAAAAACAAAAUACACUAGUCAGUUUUUCAUUGAUUCAAGCUAUUGAUCAACUCAUAUUUUCAUAUCCAUGUCAUUUUUAUAUUCACAAGGGGUUAUUUUUGUAACCAUUGUAUAUUUAAUCUUAAUCAAAAACAUGAAUUAAUCUUUUGGACUGAGCUUUCCUCAUAUUUUGUGCCUAAAUCAAGAAUAUAUGGUUUGAUUGUGUAAAUAAUGUAGUUUUUGUAAGAACUGCUCAAGUAACAUGAACAAAUGAUGAAUAAUAAACAGAGCUUCUCUACUA